AUGGCAUCGUAUUCGUUAUUAUUCAUCGUUCUGUGCUGCUACUGCUGCGCGAUUCAAAUUGAUGGCCGAAAACGUUUUCACGAUAUCCGGGAACGUCGUUUUUGGCAGGCAGUAGUGGACAAGCUAAAAAAUAAAACAGUCAAUAAAUUUCACAUUGACUUUCGACGUUUUGAACAGGAAGAUAUGGUUUUAUAUCCUGACAUUGCUUUUGAAUCGUUGAAAAACGAUAGUACAUGGAACGUGGUGAUUCACGGUUGGCGAUACGAAAGUAAUCAUGGAAGAAGUUGGUUGGGUAUUACGUUAACGCGGUGGGUAGAACGAAUUGCAAAGCAUUUAUUAGAUCCAGAUGCAAUCGUGUAUUUAAAUGGCUCAUUGAAUCGAGAUCGAUUGAAACCGUUUUUUGUAGACGAUGAAUCAAAUGAUGUCAUCGAAAUUAAGGUAGGUACAAUGACACAGUCACUUCGGACUGACGUGAAUGGUCAAUUUUAUGGAGAACUUCUUCUGACAAAUAAUCAAAUACAAACAAUACGACAACAGCAACAACUAAAAGACAAUAUUAUAACAUACGAAGCUACCGGUGACAAUCAAGAUAGGGCACAAGGUGUUAUACGACUUAUUGAACCUCGACAAGGUAUUUCGGUGAUUAGUGAUGUUGAUGAUACAAUUAAAAUAUCUGAAGUUCUGGAUAAAGUUCGACUGAUUGCUAAUACUUUCAUCUAUCCAUUUAAACCGGUCCCCGGUAUGGCAGAUUUGUAUCGACAGUGGUAUACAUCUAAUGCCAAUUGUACUUUUCACUAUUUGUCCGGUAUGCCAGAUCAGUUGUAUACACUAACUCAAGAGUUUAUCUAUACAAACAAUUUUCCUGAUGGAUCAUUUCAUAUGAGACAUUUUGGAUGGGCAGCCGCGUCGCUAUUUGAAUUUCUUCAUUCUGACGCAACAUUUAUGCACAAGAUUAAACAUUUACGGUUUUUUCUUUCAAAUACAAUUCGUGAUUAUGUAUUAGUAGGUGAUAGCGGUGAAAAAGAUCCGGAAAUAUAUGGAACUAUUGCACGAGAAUACCCGCAACGGAUACGUGCGAUCUUUAUUCGAGCAAUUAAAAAUGAAGAUUUCAAUGAUCGACGAUUUCUAACUGCUUUCGAAGGGAUCCCAUCAGAAAAGUGGCAAGUUUUCGAUAAUCCUCAGCAGCUGCCAACGGAUUUAUCACGAUCACCUCGAGCCACAGCGCACUAA